AAAAAAGUAAAAACCUCCGAAAAACCCUCUCUUUGCGUUCAGUUUGUUACACUUCAUCUUGAAACCCUAGCUGUGUAAAAAUCUAGGUGGCGCUAAUUUCUUCAAUGGCAUCUCGUUUUCGAUCAUUCUCCCAACCAGCAUUCUCCCUAAUCAAAUCCACCAUCACAAAGCCCAAAUCCUCCUCACCUUUUCUCCUCAGAACCCGCACUCCCGUCACUGUCAGGUCCGUCGCGGAGCUUGGUUGCGUGCAGUCGUUGCUUCCGUUGUACUCGGCGGUUUCAUCAGCGCGCCUCACUUCUUGCCUCGGAAUCGAUUCGACGAGUUCGAGAUCUUUGUCUCAGGGUAUGCUUUGCAGUGCCAACCCUGGAGUUUGAUUUCUCUGCUACUUUUUAUCUCCUUUUGUAUCUAAAUGGGUCUUGGCACACCGCGAUAAUAGACUUGGAAGACUGUUGAUUGAUGGACUAGAGUCAACAUCAUUUGCUUUGCUAGGAUGCCCUUUUGUUAAUUAUUUUGAAGUUUCUUUGAAAGAUCAUUGUAACGGGUAUGUAAUUGGAAGAAUCUUUCCAUCUUCGAGUUACAAUUUAAUGAUAUUUUUAUAUUGGUAGAUCAUUUCAUUGUUUAUUGUUACGAAAUUCAAACAUUGUUAGCAUGAUUUGGUGAAUAAAAUCAAAUUUUCUGUGGUU